UUUAGUUACAUUUUUAUUUGUAUCGCUCUCUCCCAGUCAGGGUUUUAGUGGAACUUCCAAAUUUGAGCUUCUUCAAUGGCGAUUCGUUCAUUUUGGAGAUCAAAAAGUAGGUUUAUGAUUUCUUCAAUGACUAUUCGAGACUUUAUAGUACCAAUCAUUGCAGAAUCACCCACUCUUAUAAUACCUCAAAACUCAAUCAAUGAAAUUAAUCAAAUGAACUCAUCAGUGAGGUGUUACCAUGAUGGUAGACCAAGAGGACCACUUUGGAGAGGUAAGAAAUUGAUUGGUAAAGAAGCUUUAUUUGUGAUUUUGGGCAUCAAAAGAUUCAAAGAUGAUGAAGACAAGCUUGGAAAGUUUAUUAAAACUCAAGUUUUUAGAUUGUUGAAGAUGGAUAUGAUUGCAGUUCUCACUGAGCUUGAGAGGCAAGAGGAAGUUGGUUUGGCUUUAAAGAUGUUUAGGAUAAUUCAGAAGCAAGAUUGGUACAAGCCUGAUGUGUAUCUGUACAAGGACUUGAUUAUUGCGUUGGCGAAGAAUAAGAAAAUGGAGGAUGCAAUACAAGUAUGGGAAAGCAUGAGACAAGAGGGUUUGUUUCCUGAUUGUCAAACUUAUGCUGAAGUAAUUCGAGGUUUUUUAAGGUAUGGGUCACCAGGGGAUGCUAUGAAUGUAUACGAAGACAUGAAGAAGUCUCCUGAGCCUCCAGAGGAAUUACCAUUCAGGAUUUUAAUGAAGGGUCUCUUACCUCAUCCCCUUUUGAGAAACAAAGUGAAGCAAGAUUUUGAAGAAAUAUUUCCUGAUAGACAUGUGUAUGAUCCUCCGGAAGAGAUAUUCGGAUUGCGAUGAGGUACUAUCAUGCUUAUAUAUUGAUAUAGUCUAUAGCUUUCUCUUACAUGCACUUUAGAUGAGGCGUUUCUUUAUUAUGUUUGAACUCAUUCCUUAUCCAUGGAACAUCGGGUCCUUGUAUUGAUGCCUGUUAUAUAGAAAGGAAUUCAUCUUUGCUUUCAGUCA